AUGAUCAGUGACCAUUUAGCCUCCCACAUGCCGAGGUUUUGCGUUGGUGGCAGACGUUUGGGAGGCUUAAAAAGACCUGUCAAGCAGAUGUCCGUGGGCGCGAUGCACGCGGCCUUUCUCACGGAGGAUGGCCGCGUGUAUUGCCUGGGACGAAAUGCCUGUGGCGAGUGUGGCUUCGAUCCUGCGGUGCAAAACGUGGCCACGUCCUGCCGAAGGGUGAGCUUCCCUCGACACAGCCAUCCAGUGCAAAGAGUCGAAUGCGGCAAAUCGCACACGGUGGCCGUGGGAGCAGAAGGGCAAUGCCUCUCGUGGGGCGACGACUCGAAGAUCCAGCUGGGCCUCGGCGACACACGCUCCGCCGUGGGCGAGGAACGCCCCUCCAGCGGCUCGCGAGGCUUUCUCAGACAGCGGCAAACUGGCGAGACGAUGUCCACACCCAGUGGCUUUCGCGGUGGUCCCGAGGAUAAGAGAUCCCGGGCGGCCUCCACGUCGCAGCGGAGUUAUAAAGACUUCGAGUCACAUCAGCAGGUGACACCCGCGAUGAUGAUGGAAAUCCCCUUGGAGCCACAAAGGCAAGUGCAUGGUAGUCCUUAUCCGCCUCCCAGCGAUGUGCGCUGCGGCGACGACUUCACGCUGCUGCUGGUGAGAGACAGCCCCGACUGGUACCCACCAGAGGAGGAGUCGGAGCGGCUCUUCUGCUGCGGUGAAAAUGGCAAAGGCCAGUGUGGUCGCUCGAUGCAACAGCAGCAGCAAACCUUUGCAGCCUGCCGGUUGCCACGGAACAGCAAAAUCCUAGGACUCUCCUGUGGAUCUGACCAUUGCCUGGCGCUGCUCCGCCGGGUGGGUUCCAGAAAGCAGGAACUUUGGGGUUGGGGCAGCAACGCCUGCGGCCAGGCCGGCGGCACAAAGCAUGGGGCGGUCUGCCCUGCCGCACGGCUACGGAUGCCCAAAGGAAUCCGCGUGGAGGGCGCCUUUUGCGGCUUCGCCAGCAGCGGGGUGACCUGUUCGACGUCCACGUUACGUGCAGCUGAAGAAAAUGAAGAUAGCUGA